AAUCUCGGGGGCGCUGACACUGCAGGGGAAUCUGAUCCUCUCUCUCAGUGUAAGGAGACCAAGGAGUGCAAAGUGUCCAACAUUCAGAUACGGAAGAGAGUGGCGAGGCAAGAAGGGACUCUCACGCCGAUGGGCCUCCCCAAACGUCUCCGAUUGCAAAAAGACGACUUCAGCCUGGAAGAGAUCUACACCAACAAGAAUUACCGUACACCCACUGAGAAGAGAAAAUUUGAGACCAUAUUCGAGGAGCCGGUAAUGAAGGGUGGAUCUCUCAUCCUUACAAGCCAGCGCCCGCUGAGGAGGAUUAUGGUGUUUAAGGACAGCAGCGCCCCACGUAGGAGGAAGAAGAAAGGGCGGGGAGGUGGGCGCACCCGCAGCUGUGUGGACAACAAAGAAAGUGUGAACUUCGAAUUGUUACUGCAACACAAACUGGAGCAGCUGGAGGCGGAACUACAGGAGGAGGAGGUGGAGCUGCACUAG